GCUAUUCAUUCGUGUAGGUAAAUUUUGUUAUUAAUUAUAGCAACACCGUUUGGAAAAUACAGACCAAGAUGGCGGAGAAAACGAUUUCCCGCGCGCACCUUGAUUUUAUAAUGACAAGCAAGCUGUCAGACGCCAUUGCGCAAACAAGUGGGGUCGAGUGUGCAUGCUAUACGGUUAAACAUGUUAAAAAGUUUUUCUGAAAUUUUAGUUUUAUGUUACAUUCGGUGCCCAAAUCGUUCUAUAAGAACUGAUAUAUCGUACUUUUCUCCGUCUUGAUCAAGUGAGAAACGUAGUUAAUUUAAACUAGUGAAUUUAUUUUAUUUGUACCGUCAGCUUCCAGAAUCCAAUAUCACCAUGCCUAAAGGAAAGAAAAAAGGCAAAUUCGAACAUAGAAGAACAGAGCAGCCUUACUCCUCAGACGAAGAUGCAGGCAUUGACAUGACAUGCUCGGAGACUUCCGAACGCUCCGACGUUCCGGAUGACGAUAGUGAAAUCAAGCUAGAAGAGAAGGUUUUGGAGAUCAUAGACGCGUUGAGCGCAAGAGCCAACGCAGCGCGGGCCGCUGCGUUGGUCGCGCUGAAGAACUCACUCCAGAGGCGGUACCUCGCGCACAUACUGUGUGGACAAAGGGUGACCUUGGCAGAACACGUCACUAAGGCGCUGCGGCGUGGGAAGGACGGGGAGAGACGCGCCGCGGCCGCUGUGGCACCGCUAUUAGCCCUACAGAUAGGCGAGGAAGGCACGGAGGAGUUCAUGGACGAGGUGCGCCCCGCGCUGGCCGCGGCCGCCGUCGACAAAUCCGCUUCCCUGGACACGCGCACUGAGUGCUGCUCUUCGCUCGCGGUGCUAUGUUACCUGCUGGAAGACGACCUCAGCAAGAUAUUGGAGGUCAUGCGAAUGUUUGAGACCAUAUUCAGCGGUAGCUAUCUCAAGGGUGAUGGUACAGUGAAAGUAUCAGGUGCGGCCGUGGAGGAAGGCGUGUGGCACGCCGCAGCGCUGGACGGCUGGGCGCUACUGCUGGCACUGACGGAGCCGCAGCACGCCAGGACCCUGCUCGCGGACAGGCAGCCGUCCUUCCGACGACUCGCGGAAAUGCUCGACGCGUGCAGUCUCGAGGUGCGCAUGGCGGCGGGCGGCGCGCUGGCGAUAGCGCACGAGCGCGCGUGCGGCGACGAGGAGCAGUUCGCGUGCGCCGAGGACGAGCUGCUGCCGCGCCUCGAGCAGCUGGCGCGCGACUCGCACAAGUUCCGCGCCAAGCGCGACCGCAAGCUGCAGCGCGCCACCUUCCGCGACAUCCUCAAGUACUUCGAGGAGGGCACAGUGGACUCGGAGCGUAUCCGCGUGGGGACGGAAACGGUGACGCUGAGCACGUGGGCGGCGCGCACCGCGUACGGCGCGUUCGCGGCCGCGCUGGGCGCCGGCCUGCUGGCGCUGGCGCCGCACUGCGCGCCGCUGCGCCUCGCGCUGCAGCUGUCGCCCUACCCCGCGCUCGACCUCAUCGUGCCCGAGGCCAAGCUGAACAGAUUGCAGCGACAUCUGCAGAACACCGCGGCGUGCAAGGCGCGCACCGUCGCCCGCAACAAGAGCCGCGACAAGCGCUCCGCCGCACUCGCGCUCUGAACACCAUCGCACCAUACGGCAGACUCUGAAUAUAAUCAUACUACACAAAGGCGUUCUGAAUAUAAUCACACCACACGGCAGAAUCUGAACAUGAUCACACCACACGGCAAACUCUGAAUAUCAUAACACUACACCCCGUGCCCACGGUAGAAACUGAAUAUGAUCAUAUUACACCAAGGUAUUCUGAAUAUUAUGACCACGCUAAACAAAAGCGUUCUGAAUAUGAUCACACCACACGGCAGAAUCUGAACAUGAUUACACCACACGGCAAACUCUGAAUAUCAUAACACUGCACCCACACGGCCGAAACUGAAUAUGAUCAUAGUACACCAAGGUAUUCUGAAUAUUAUGACCACGUUAAACAAAAGCGUUCUGAAUGUUCACAUUACGAAAAGGCGCUCUAAACUUGAUCAUACCACAAGACAGAAUCUGAACAUCAUCACACUAUUCAAAGGUGUUCUGGACAUGAUCACAUGGCAGACACUAAAUACGAUCACACCAUUCGAAGGUUUCUCAACAUGAUCACAACUAGGCGCUCUGAACAUAAUCACACUACACACCAGAUUC